CCUGGGCUCACCUGGACGGCCAUCUUGAAGCGCCUCGUCGUAUCGCGCUCCUCGUCUUUCCUCCAAGUCGCAUUUUCCGCUCGUCCUUGUAGCCGGUCGCCGCGUCGCGUGCAUGUGCCCGUCGCUGCAUGUGCAAAAUCUCGCGACGUGCAGCAAGGCUCCAGCGAUCGCGCCGGUAGCACUCGUCGCGUCGAUCGUGCGCCUUCCACCUGGCUUGCUUUCUUUCCUUUCACGCAUUCCCAUAAGGUCCUGACGUUGCUGACGUCAUUUGUGUUCUUUGGAACCUUUCUCGAGGAGGUCUCCAAACGUUACGCUCGUUUCGUGCAUCCUUCUGCAUUCCAAGACACGUCACUCGAGCGGAGGAAAGAUACUCAGGCCGACUCAGCGAUUGGUGAACGUGCUCGAACGUAAAUGUCACGGACGGCGCAGCCGUUGGUUUAACGCGGACACGAGCGUGCGAUCAUUUCGCUGGUUCUAAACACAGCGGGACCGGCGAUGGGGAAACAGCUUGGGAAGUGAACAGAAGACCCGUGAUCUAUUGUGAAACAAAGAAUAGAGAGACAAGUCUCCGCGAUUCGGAGAAAAUCCACUCCGCGAAGGGAGAGCGACUUAAUAGCAAAAUCGUGUCGUGAUUGUGUGUGUCGUUUAGCGAAAGUACGGUUCUUUGUUCGCGCGCGCGGGGAGUUUCCUCCGUCUUGCGCACCGCCGAUCCCAUUGUUGUCGAACAAUCGGAUCUCGUUGGAGACCGGAGCGUCCAAGAGCGACGACCUUCUCCGACGCGGGUGUGAUAACCGCGCGAGCCGGCGCGAAGCCGCGGAAUCGCCGUCUCCCUACCGGCGAUUUAAUCAGGCGAUUUAAUCUCGCGGUCGCGCCUCCGUCCGUUCCGCGUGUGGGUAUUGCGGAGCCGAUGUUAUGGUCGAACGGCUGCGCGAGAAAGAAUCGCUGUUGAACGACGCGCCGCGGUGAUCGGGACAUCGAGUUCGCGCUGACGGGAAAUCGCGCCGCGGCUUCCGGGAUGGGUUCGAAGAUCGAGUACGUCGAGUCCUCGCACAUGUACGCGACCAAUUACAUCCGCAAUUCCAAGGCGAUCGGCGUGCUCUGGGGUAUCUUCACCAUAUGCUACGCCAUCAUCGGCGUCGUCGCGUUUGUCACUCCAGAAUGGCUCGGCGACCUGGAGCACGAGAAUCCCGGGAGAUUCGGCCUGUGGACCAGGUGCAGCUACGGCGGUAACGGUGAGUUAGGCGAGGAAUGCAUCGGCCGACUGGACGACCUGUCGACCAUCGCCAACGUUCCCUUCCGCGCCAGCACGAUUCUAGUCGGGAUCGCGGUGAUAAUUGCGCUACUGGCGAUCUGCGCGAUGCUCAUGUUCUUCUUCUGCCAGAGCACCACCGUGUUCUACAUGUGCGCCUGGAUGCAAGUGGUGUCAGCGAUCUGUAUGGCGAUCGGAGUGUGCAUCUAUCCUCUCGGUUGGGACUCGCCGGUGAUCCGCGCCGUAUGUGGCGCAGCUGCAUCCAGAUACAAUCCCGGUGCCUGCGCUGUGAGAUGGGCGAUACCGCUCGCUGCAAUCGCGGCUCUGGAUGCGGCCACCUUGUCCGCUCUUGCCUUCAUUUUGGCUUCUAGACACGUGAGACUGCAACCGGAACCUUUCAACAACGGAUCCUUGUACAAAGGCGAAGUAAAUCCGGGCUACGUGAACGAGGCCCAAAGCGUGGCUGGCUCUCGCAAGUCUCUGUCCUUGAGACCGGUUCUCCUAGUGGCUCCGCCCGAACAGGACCGCUAUAGCGAGCUCUCCAGGGCGAAGUCGCACUCGCAUCACAGUCUCUACACACCGGCGCCGUCGCAUCCGGUGCAUACCAUGUCUACGAAUACUCUCAAUCAUUCACAGCAUAACUUUCAGCUCUAAGACACCUGAUCAUUGCGAGUAUAAAGGAUUAAACGGACCUGUAUAUAGCUGAGAUAUGAGGUGAAGCUAUAUUGUACAUAAGAUGAAACGGCGGAGCGUGAAACUUUUGCGCGAUUUGAGCGCAAUUGCUUAGAUCAUCGCUUAGGAACGGAAUUUCAUGACGAUGAAAACUUAUGUAUAAAACGGAUACGACUGACAGCUGUUCCAUUCAACGACUGAAUGUUUAUUAUUGCGUGCCGUGAACAUUUCCACAUUUAUGUGGUGUAUUUUUAGUCUUAUCGAUAUGUGCCGAAAAGAACUGUCUUCCUUAGACUAUUGACUUUUUACAUACAUAUAUACAAUUAUUACGAGUAAUUACUGCAAAGUUAAUAAAGAUUAUUACAAAAUCUAUUAAAUAUGAAAUUAAAUUUCGUUUAAUUAUAGGUAUUAAUUUACAGAAUAGUCCCUCUUAUUAAGGAAAAUGGAAUAUUUUUCCAUUCAAAUCUCUUAAUUCUACUCUUAGAAUCUCAUACUUGUGUUAUUUUAAUAUAUAUUAUGUUUAUGUAAUUAUAGAAAGAUUAAUCAAGCAAUUUCGUAGUUUUGAAUACUAUAUGUUAAGUUUCAUACACAUGUGUUGUGCAAUGUAAGUUAAAUGAUAAUUCAAGAAAAAAAUCAUUCUAGAAAUUUUAUCGACGCUAUAAUCCGUACCGUAUUAUCGGAGCAAUAUAUAUAUUAUUCAUAUUAUAUAAUUACUUAAGUUCUUAAGUACUCAUUCAUGUGCCUUUACAAUGUAGUGUCAAGGAUAACACUUAUGAAUUAAAUUUUUUAUCAUGAAGUUAUUCUGUAUUUUACAUAGCUACGGAAUACUCGUGCAGCUCCACAGCUUAUAAUUUUUUCGACGAGAUGGUGUAUAAAGAGGUAUAAUUUUUAUGCAAAUAGAUUCUCCUUUUCGGUGUGCAAUAUCAUAAUACUCAAUAAAAAUUAAUUAUUAUUCAUAAACUGCCGGAUCGUAAAAGUCGUCGCAGAUGAUGACUACAUCGGCUACGAUGCGCAUUUGGAUAUGCGACUAUUCCGCAUCGCAGUCAUUUUCUUGUAAACGUUGGCGCAUAAAACAUGCUGCAUAAAGACGUGCAAGGUAAACAAAGUACAUGUAUCAUUUUGACUAGUGUAUUUAAUGAUAUCAUACAGAAUAAGUUUAUAUUACGAGUAUUAUUCAAUCGAUAACUUGCAUAAUUUUACGCGACGGUCUUCGAAGGCCUGCAGCGACAAUACUUGAAACUAUAACGAAUCGUAAUUAUAUCUUCGAUACUUUUUACGUUAGCACUGUUUGAUUUUAAUUGCAGUUUAAUUAACGUCUCAAUUUUCUUAUCUUUCUCGAUCCUAGCUCUAGAGAGAUCAUUUUCUGAAGUUUGCGGACCAACGAGACUGUUCGGGCGCAAUUAUUAUAUUGUACAGAACUAUUAUUCUAAUUGUCAGAUCUCUAUAUGAGCAUUCCGUGCAGCGACGUCGCAAUAUCGCGGUAGAUAUUUAGAUUCAUCUUUGACAUUCGACAAGGGAUAUACAAAUUUAAAUUUUACCUUGUCUCUUUUUUGGCUUACGGAUAAUUUGACGCACGGAAUGCUCAUAAUUUCGCGUCGUCUAAAUCUAAAAUAAAUAUUUCAGGCGAAUGCCUACACGAGUAAUGGGCCUUUUCCUUUCAGGACGUGUUCCACACUCAUCUUAAGAUCUAAUAAUCUCCGUGUAUGGCAAAUAAAAGGGAAGUUUGAGCGUGUAAGCGUGUUAGCUUCCGCUUGUAAGACAGCCAGUGUAAGUACAGAGGGGUGUGCCACAGACUCCUCGCGUUUUCCUUCACAGACGGUUUGUCAAGCCGAUUUGCGGUGAGAUCUUUUUUUCCCAAAAGAAGCACCAUAAAUAAAAGGAAGCGCGAGAAACGCGAUUCCUUCCGCGCUUCUUGCAAGAUCGAGACGUCACCCCGAAAUAAGCAUGCAAUCGGCGGGCGUGAGGGAGCAAAACGAGCAAAUCGUUCGGCAUUAAAGCACUAGAGUUUUAUAGUGCAUUAAUUAGUCUGCGAUAAGGAACGAGAUACAAAGGUUUACAACGUUGUAAAUGCAAGGGGGGAAGGGUUGGGGGAGGCCCUACCGGCCGCUCGGUAACACCGCUAUUUAAUUCCCUUUUUUUUUUACGCGAGCGACGUAUCGUCGUAUUUUACAAGGUAUACACACGGCGUGUCCACGUAUGACACUCUCAACCGAACCGUUUAUGGCUUUACUGCGCUGCCACCGCGGCUUCUUACGUGUACAUCUCCAUCCGCGUGCUUUACAGCCGUUUGUUUAUUAGGCUUUCAUUUAAUUGCCCGAUCUCCGGGCCGUGUAUAACGGCGUCGCGCGGCUAUUUCGCACCGGGCUCUAAAGUGCAAACUACAAUGGAAACACGGACGCAUAAUUGCCUUUUCCACGGAGCGGUACACCGUCGAGCGGGCUGCCAAAGACACGUUUCAAGAUUCAGCCGGCUAUACAGGCUCGAGCUCAGCUAGAUAAAAAUAUUUUCGUCGUCCCCGAGACUUUUAUCGGACGUAUAUCGUGUUUUUCUUCGUGUCGACGGUCGUUACGUAGGCGCGGAGUUAUGUCUCGACUUCCAAAGGUGGAAUGUACAAGUGUCGAAUUUUAUUGCGUGACGCGAUGGCCUGGAAGUGCUGAAUUUCUUACGUUACGUUGGCAUGGGAAUUACCGCGCGAAAAAAAGCCGGCACGUUAAUUGAUAUUUCACCGCCAGCGAUUCGCUAUUCGCGAUCGACUAUUCAAGAUAAAUUAGUGAAAGUAUUGGAAACUUCCCCCGGAUUUCCAAGAGCACUUCACGUUUUUCUUCGCCAGUUUUAACUAGCCGUACGCAAUUUCAGAAUUAAGCGAAAUCUUAGAUUCUCGAACCAGUUAACAGCCGUGUGUACCGAUCGCCAGCGAGAAACGGCGGUCGAGAUUUGCAACGCGGAACGGGAGAAAUGAAAAUAAUUUAAUUUAUAAGUUAACUUACACAAGGAGUACAAUAUACCUCACUACGUUAUGGUUGACACUACAGUUUUUCGAUUCUAAUAUUACAUAUGGCGCUAUAUCUUUUUAUUUCACUUCACAGAACAGCCACCUCUGUCUCUCAUAUCUCUCUCUCUCGAAGGAGGAGUAAGAAGCUUCAAAAACCAUCUGCUUCUAAUCUCUUCUAUCAAACUUCUUAAUUUCUAAGUUAGACAUCUAAGACAUUCGCUACUCUCACUGUAUCCACAAAGGUUAUUCAUCAGGUGCAAAGAAAUUACUUUCAAGUACACGUGCCGCGAUACUCACAAGGGAAGGCUCAGAACUGAACUCCGCCGAUUUUGAUGAAACCGACUUUGCAGGAUUGUAGAGGAAGUUCUCCCGAAUGUGAUAAUACUCCUAUUUGGAUGCAAACGAUUAAAUGUUUCCAAAAUAUUUUAAUAAUAAAUUUAUUGCAGACCUUAUAAUUUGUAGACUCGAGUUUAAAUCCCACAAUUAAUUAAUUUUU